AUGGGAAAAUCACUUUCUCACCUGCCUAUGAAUACCUGCAAGGAAGAUGGCUAUGAUGGAGGCACAGUGUCUGAUAAUAUGAGGAAUGGGUUAGUUCACUCGGAAUCACACAAUGAAGAUGGUAGAUCUGGAGAUGUUUCACAGUUUCCCUACGUGGAAUUCACAGGAAGAGACAGCGUCACCUGCCCGACUUGCCAGGGAACAGGAAGAAUUCCACGAGGGCAGGAAAACCAGCUGGUAGCAUUAAUUCCAUAUAGUGAUCAGAGACUGAAGCCAAGAAGAACAAAGCUCUACGUGACUGCUUCUGUAACUGUCUGUUUACUCCUCUCUGGGCUGGCUGUAUUCUUCUUGUUUCCUCGCUCAAUCGACGUUGAAUACAUCGGUGUGAAGUCAGUAUAUGUCACUUAUGAACAGGGUAGACGGAUAAUAUAUCUAAAUAUUACGGUAAGUCUAGUCAUGUAUUUGGAUGUUU